AUGUCUCCUCCCUUUGACCACUGGGCUGACUCCAGUCCCGCCCCCGCCGCCCCCGCUGUCCAACCCAAUGCCAACCAGCAGAGCAAGAAGCCCAGGCAUCGCCAUUCUCCCUCCCAGCUCGCCGCCCUCAAACAUCUUUUCGACCAGAACGAGCACCCGCCCUUGGAGCAGAGAUCAGCUCUUGCUGACCGUCUGGGGAUGGAGACAAAGACUGUCAAUGCCUGGUUUCAAAAUAAACGGGCCUCUUCAAAGAAGCGGGUCCGUGGGGGUGCUGCUCCCCAGUAUGACCCCCAGCCCAUAACUACCGCUGUCCCAUGUCCACCCCCGCCCCCAUCCAUGCAGAAACACGAUAUGUCUCGCCACAGCGAGAUCGUCUAUCCAGACGACGAAUGUCUAUCGGUGCACUCACGCUCGGUGUCUGUAGUGAAAUCAGAAUCGUUUUAUGCAGGCCAUCCGGAUCAGGCCCACUUUUACACAGAGUCAGAAAAUAUGCCCCGCCGCAUGCGCAUACGACCGUCUCCGGAGCAGACAGAGGAGCUCCGAAAACUAUACAACAUCAACCCACAUCCCAGCACCGAGCAAAGGACGACUCUGGCGCAAAAUAUUGGCAUGCGUUACGAAAGUGUCACCAAUUGGUUCCAAAACCAGCGGAGUUUGGCAAAAAAGAGGAAAGAAGACGAGCCAGACUCGUAUUCCGUCCCAAAGCCCGAGUAUCCCCACGAGUCACGGCACUAUUCGGCAUUCCCUCCGCCUCCCUUCACCUCAUCCAGCAUCCUCCACGACAACUCCCCACCAAGGUCUCUGCGCAGGAGCCCAUCUCCAUAUGGACCCCGUACUACCACUUUCGCACGCCCACGCCGUUCGCGUCCUGAACCGUAUCAGCUUGACGCCUUGAAGGUUCUCUUUACAAAGACAGCCACACCCACCAUCGAAGAACGCUCUGCCUUAGCACUAGAGAUCGGAAUGGAUGUCGGAAAAGUCACCAACUGGUUCCGCAAUCUGCGGCAGACGGCACGCAAACGCGCGAAAAAGUCUGGCAGUGGGGACGACGACGACGACGAUAGUUACCUUGGAGGCGAUAUGUAUUCCGCUUCAGCAUCGCGCUUUGGCACUCCUUCUUUUGGCUCGUCGUCCUCAUCUUCUGUCAACGACUACUCAGUAGACAUGGACGACUUUUAUAUGCAUAAUGCACAUUCUGAUGGAAGUGAAGAGGAUGACUACCAGGAGGCCGUUACCCCUUCACCUGAACACUCGCCAUCUCCGCCGCGAUCUUCCAUAAACCCUCAAGAGAAGGAAUACAAAUCGCUGGAUACAUUGUCAAUGCCAUAUCCGGUUGGAACCGGCAAAGUUUCUCCCACUGGCAUCAAUUAUGACGAUGCUAUGCUCCUCAUCAGCUUUCAGCGUGGUAUCAGCGGUCGUGAUCUACAUUAUUGA